UCGGUCAGUGCGUAACUGGCGGCUGUCGGUGCGGUGUGCGGGUUUCUCAGUGGGUUGCCAGCGGUCGCCCUGGGCACCACCUGCACGGAUGGAGCCAACCCGUGUACCCAGGGCCCCUGGUCCACGUCUCGUUUUCCUCGUCGGCACGCUGGCUCUGACUUUCGCAGCGACUGGCCUGAUGUGCGGAGCAAUCAUGUCGGACCAUUGGGAGGAGGUCAGCUGGGAUAAGACGACUCUGACCCUAGCGAACGUGACUCUCACGUGGUACUUGGACGGGCAGGUGGCGAUGGUGGACCAGACGCACAGGAACCAUCAUCCUGGAAGACGACCGACCUUCCUCGUCCCCAUGUACGGCGGGAUUUGGAUCAUGUGCGUGUCCCUAACGGAGGACGAAAUACGACUACUGGGUCAGGUAGGUUUCCCGCAAGAGAGGUGCAUUAACUACUUGACGCCCGACGAAGCUCACGAGGAGAUCCGUGCCGCCUGGCAAAACCGGAUGCAGAAUUUGAGUAUCUCCUGUUCCCUAGUUUGCCUGAUUAUCCUGGGCACCGCGGUUCUCAUUGGAUUUUUUGGAUUGUGCAGGCAUCAAAUAUCCGCGGUACUCGUCACGGGCGUGAUGUACCUUCUGGCGGCCACGUUCGCACUGUUCACCCUGACGAUAAUUCAUUUCAAGAGGGCCCAGGACCGCGGUGGGAGAAUACUGGAUGGGCCGGAGGAUGGAGUGAUCGGUGGACCGGCUCCGCGCAAUCUCCUGAAGGCGAGACGUUUCAGCAGCUCGUGGAGCAUGGACUUCGGAUGGGGCGGGGUCACGCUCUGCACCCUUGCCUCGGUGGCGUGGAUAUUGCUCAGCAAGAUAAUGCGUUUCAGCCCCAUCGCAGCUAUGAUAGCGUAGCAGUGGGAGGCCUUCGAGGUCUAAAGGUCGUUUCCAAGAGUAACGAUAGUGUGUUUCGAUGUCGACGACCCUCUCGAUGCGCUUUAACCGCGGAAGAGGACGCGAGAAACGUUUUCACGGACGGGAAAUGGGUCACCGACUGUUUGUUCUAGAUUUAACGCGGAUCAGCCGGGCGAUCACGGGGGAAAUUUUUCUGAUUGCCGGCAGGUGAUCGAUCACGCUCGGAGACUGCGGAAAAAAAACGGGGACCUGACGAAAGGGGCUGAAUAAUCGUAGUUAAUUAUAGCAGGUGAACGGUGAAAGUUUAGGCGUAACCCUCUGGGAACUGUGUCUCCGGUGCUCCAGGAAAGUAGCGUGAAAAUAGGGUCAGGCAUUGAAACAAAUUUUGAGAGUAUUUUUUCAGAAUCGAAAUCACUACUGAAACCGACCACCUCGAAGGCGUGAGAGCACGCGUAUCCGCGCACACCGGCAGGUGAUGCGCGUUAAGUAUUUUAUUUGUCGACCUUUACCGAACACCUACCUGGGGAGGCUCGUGUAAGGCACGGCAAGUAACGAGUACAAUUUUUGUCCAUCACUCUGAAUGCAAUGUUUUGUACGAUUUACCAAGUAAUACAUAGUCUCCGACACGGGAAACAUAAACGGUUGAGUAAAGAGCCAUACGAGGAGGAGGAUCGCUUGAGGAGGAUUCCGUGUAGACAGAUUUUUCGGGUACUAGAUUCUCGCAAUUUUGAGUCGGUCGUGUAGCUACAGUUUUCUUUUCUUUUUGUCUACUGUUGCGUUUUCAAGCUCGACUCCGAUGAUCGUCCUUCCAUAUGGAUCUUUACUACAAAAGUAAAAUUAUAUACAGAUGCAUGAUUACGAGACAGUGAGUAGGAGAAAAAAAAAAAGAAUUGUGGACUGAAGAAGCGUUAUGUUAAGAUACCUAGAACAGUGCAGAACAGUGUACGUUUACCUCAGUUUUGGUUUGCACUUGGAUUAGUCAAUUAAUGUGAAACCGUAUAGUCUGUCUAUUUAGACACACGUUUUUACCAAUCUCCCGCGACAUAUUUUUUUAUAAAGUUGCAACAGAUAUCUUGUUAAGUUCCCACAAGAACACACUGGUUUGAGCAUCGAGCUAUUUUCACACAGUUUAUAGAAGCCGAUGGGAUAUUUGUUGAAAUUUUGCUUGAGAAGUUUCAAUACAGAGCAUAAUACGAUAUAGUUGCCUAUAGUGUAAUUCGAUCGCCUUAUAAUUAGAGAGAUAAGCAUGUUUGUAACACGCAUAGUAUAGCGUUAAACUUGUUCGAGCCAAUAUAAGCAACGAUAAGCGUGUCUGCAAGAAAAAUUUAGCUUUUGCUACGACUUGUUACAGCAAAAAAAAGAGGACUUAUGCCAACAAAAAAAUAUAUCAUGUACGAAGGAUUGUGAAUUGCAAUUCGUCCAUUAAGAUUUAAGGAGAACAGAGAUGCUCCCGUUGGGAGUGUCCACUAUGCCCAGAGCACGAGUUUUGUUGGUUCAAUAGGACAGCAAAAAACAAGAAAAAAAAGUAUGUAUGCACUCUCAAAACUUUGCUCUGGGUGUUUAUUUAAACGAAACGCAUUUUUCUGAUAAUAUUUUCUUGUCAUAUUUUUUACCUGACCCUUGUUAUUUGUUAUAUCAGAAUUAAUGUAUCAUAAAUGCAAUAUAAAGAAUAAGCUACAUAUAAAUAACACUGAUACCCUUGACUUUUCACUUCUCCUGUAUGCAAUCGUACAAACAUUAUAAUGUAGGAUGACUGGAUGCUUUAAUUUAUCUUGUUUGCAAAACUACUAUAUCUGAAAGCAAGCUUUUUACAGAACAAUCACUUAUGCAAAAACCUUGAAAAUUGCUGCAACAGAAUGGUAGCAUAUAUAGCACGGAUUUAUCGUUUUGUUUCAAGAAUAACCCGAGUCCCGAGUUAUAUUGCUAAUGUUUUGGUCAUUCUACAAAAAUAGUUCUUGACAUACAAAAUGGCUCGGUCUUCGAUCUGAUUCACGUUUAUACAGAAUUCCCCUCGCAUUCUAAAUAUACUGAACCGUGAAAAUAAAAUGGUGAAACGAAACGGACUUUAUCGUGAAUAAUUUAAUGAAACCCCGACAGAA